AGGCUGGGCCAAUGGCAAGUCGCGAAGCAGGGAAAGGGGGCCGAGCGAAGGGAGAAAAAAGUGGAGAAAAGGAGAAAGAGAGCGAGAGAGCGCAGGCUGGGGGAUGUGUAAAAGAAGAAGCGUUGCUAAUUUUUUUGUUUGUUUGCUUUUCCAUGCAUGCAUAAUGAGGCCUAAUCAGAGCACGUUGCUGCUGCUCGGAGGGCACUUUUGUAUUUAAAGCCUUGCAAAGAAAAAAGAUCCACAGACGGAUCCGCAGAGCAGCUUGCAGGGCUUGUUGACAACAGAAGCAGCAUCAGUCGCCCAGAGAGAAAGAGAGACCCUGCAGCCUGACUUUUUCCUCCCCCUGUGCUAUCUUCUUGCUAACGGGGAGAGACAUUUCUUCUCCCUUCCACCCGAAAGUGCAACCCGUACCGAGAGGGAGUGAGCGGAGCCGGGACCGUGAAUGGGAUCGGAGCGGCUGGCAUGUGCAGAGAUGCUGCGAGCGGAGAGUUAAAAGCUCCCGAGGAGGCAGCAGCAGCAGCAGCAGCUCGGCAUUUAUUUUGUGCAAAAAAAGAGAGGAAAAAAAGAGAGAGAAACGGAUCCGCAUGAGGAGCAGGGCAGCACCAUGAGUUCUCCCGGCGCAGCCUGCAAGCCUCCGAGCGCACCCCGGAGCCGCUCUCCUCCAAGCCCCCGGUUGCCCUGAGUCCCCCCACCUCUCCGGGCGCCUUCGCCGCCGCCGCCGCCUCGCCAAGCCGGGAGCAGCUGGUGGGGGGCACGGGACGGCCCCGGGGCGCGCCUGCUUCGUCCCGCGGCCCCGCCGGUUUCAGCUGCCGGGGGCUGGAGGGGCCCGGAGCCCGCGCGGAUGGAUUGAUGCGAGGAGACCUCAUGCACACGGUUGGCAGGAGUUUUGCAAACUUUUCCACGGGCGGCAGCUGCUCCUUCUCCUCCUCCUCGUCUACCAGCGACUCUCCCCCGCGACCCUGCGGCAGCAGCCGCCGCCGCCGCCCGCGAUGGUGGCCCGCUCGCCCGCUCGGCACGGAGGCGGCGGCGGCCGCCGGUGGCCGCUGCCGGCCGCCUGGCUGUGGCUGGCGGCGGCGCUGGGCGCCGUGUGGCCGCCGCGGGGCUCGCUGGUGCAGGGCCGGCGGCUGAUCUGCUGGCAGGCGGUGCUGCAGUGUCAGGGGGAGCCCGAGUGCAGCUACGCUUACAACCAGUACGCCGAGGCGUGCGCCCCGGUGCUCCUGCAGCAGCAGCCCCCGGGCGGCGGCGGGGACGGGCCGGCGGCCGCUGCAGCCUCCGCCGCCUCCUCCAGGCGGCGGUGCCCCAGCCACUGCAUCGCGGCCCUCAUCCAGCUCAACCACACCCGGCGCGGCCCGGCCCUGGAGGACUGCGACUGCGCGCAGGACGAGAACUGCCGCGCCACCAAGCGCGCCAUCGAGCCCUGCCUGCCGCGCACCAGCAGCCCGGCGGCGGGCGGCCCCGGCGGCGGCGGCGGCGCGGGCGGCCCCGGCGUCAUGGGCUGCACGGAGGCGCGGCGGCGCUGCGACUGGGACAGCCGCUGCAGCGUGGCGCUCAACCGCUACAUGACCUACUGCGGGAAGCUCUUCAACGGGCUGCGCUGCACGCCCGAGUGCCGCGCCGUCAUCGAGGACAUGCUGGCCGUGCCCAAGGCCGUGCUGCUCAACGACUGCGUGUGCGACGGGCUGGAGCGGCCCAUCUGCGAGUCGGUCAAGGAGAACAUGGCCCGCCUCUGCUUCGGCGCUGACAUGGGCAGCAACGGCGCCGGCAGCAGCGGCGGCUCGGACGGCGGCCUGGAGGAGUACUACGACGAGGACUACGAGGAGGAGCCGAGCCAGAGGGGGAGGGACGAGCUGGAGGACAAUACGGGCGCCGAGCCCGGCUUCCCCAUGCAGACGGACAGCGCCGGCCGCGCCGCCGCCGCGCCCGCCCGCGCCGCCUGGGCGCUGCUGGCCUCCAUCUUACUGCUGCUGCCGCGGCUCUAGCGAUCCCGCCUCCUUCCCCUCCUCCGCCGUCGUCCCCCAUUUGCUUCGGGGCUCCCCGUGGCCGGCGGCUCGCGGGGCUGCUGCUCGCCUUCUCCCUCGCACAGACGCAGACGGGCCGAGACGCGAGGGGUCUGCGGCGGCGGGGGGAGCGGGGGGCGCUGCCCGGGCGGCGGGCGGCUGGGCCUCAGAGCCGAGCGGGUUUUAAACUCCCUGACCGUUAGUCCGCUGACCGUUAGUCCGGGCUAACGGCCGUCCCUCCACGCGCCCCCCGCCCCCCCCCCCCAAACUUCUCCCUGAAGGUGGACGGUUUCUCCCUCUUUCUCUGUUGAUCCCCACCGCGUGUGUGCGGACACUUUUUUUUCCGGCCUCAUGCCUGUCCCUUCUCCAAGAGCAUUUUGCUGGUGAUGCCUUUUUUUUUUUUUUUUUUUUUUUUUUUUGGUUAAUUUAGCUGGCUGUGGCCUGGCGAGCCAGCAGCCGUGGCGUUGGCGGGACCGAAAAAGACGGAGGGAGAGGUGCGGGACUGUGGGUUUUAUUUUUGUUUGUUUGUUUGUCCUUAGUGUGCACUAUGCAAUUUCUUCCACCCUGGCUUCUUGUUAGCAGCAAGCAGAUGAGCUUAAAAGAGAGACUGCUAGCGAAGCUACUGUAAGUUCCUUACCACCACCAGUCCCAAAAGAAAACAGAAGUAAUAAUAUGCUAAUAGUUGGGUUUUAGCAUUUGACAUGAAGGUUAGAAAGAGGUGAGCUAUCCAAACUUGCUGCCAAAACUGUUGCCAUACCGGUUAGUUAACAACUUGAUUAUCAUUCAUCAAGUAUCACAAUUCAUGGUACAGCGAUGCCCCAAAGAGGCUUAUACUGCAUCUGCCUUUAAUUAAAUUUAAGAAUAUAACAGUUUGAAUGAAUUUGGUGGUUAACAGCACUCCCUCUUGCACACACAUCUUUCCUGUAACAAAAGCUUGCCAGCAAAAGUCUCUUUCUCUUUAACCUAACGACAAAAAAUGCUGAUUUUUUUCAGAGUUGUUGGCUAUACUGAACAAUGCAACUUUUGUUUUAAAAGAGCUCUGCACUGCCAUCUUUGAAAGACACUUUUAAACUCAAGAACAUGUAUGUACAAAUAUCCUGAAAAGUUAUAUUGCCUCUCCUCAUAUCAGGGUGCUGACCUCUGGUAAAUCUUAUAUAAAAAUGUAUUUAAGACUGGGAUUUGUUACCAGUUGCUCUUCUUUGUAUAUAGAAUUUUAUAAAUUGUAUGCUUUGGGAAUAAUUUAUUUAAAAAAAAUAAAAAGUUUUAAAUCCACAUCCUAUUUGCCAGAUAAUUGCAUUUGCUAUUCUUUUCUGGAAAGGUACAGAUUUCAUUUUAUGUUUAAAGGGAUACCAGCAGCAAUGAAGUAUUCUCUAGAACAUCAAAUGUACAGUGUAUUUUAUAGAUUUGAAGUUAACUUUCUUAUUUGGAGAGACUUUAUGAACGUUGUAGAAUUGUAUAAAUGCAUUUCCAAGCUGCCUUAAACCUUGUAUUUUUAUAGAAGGCAUAAAAAAGGCCUAUGUUUUAAAUA